CCUUUAAAAAAAAAGAAAUCCAGUCUUCUGGUUUUAAUAUGAAUAUAAAUGUAGGGCAAAGAUGUUAUCAACUCAAGCAUUUUCUUUUGUCAUAGAAAGUUUUUAAAGGGGGAAAAUUAGGGAUUUCUAUUAUGAAAAGAUAAAAAUUUACUCUGGGAGUCUGAAGGUAGACAAUUACAAGCUUAAGCCCAGCCUGGACAACUUCAUGAGACCCUGUCUCAAAAGGGCUGGUAAUGUAGCUCGGUGCAAAGGCCCUGGAUUCAAUCUCCAGUAUCAUAUAUGUAUGUACGUAUGCAUAUUAAAAAGAUACAGGGCAUAGGAAACAUUUAGUUUCACUUUGCCGUUAUUAGAUAUUCUCUAUCUGAUUGUUAUAAAUUAUUCAUUUCCUCAGAGAGAGAAUAAAUUGGCUGGGGAUGCAUUCUUGUGCUAUGCACUUUCUCUGCUGAAGGUUAGCACUGAGCUGUAGGAGCCAUGAGAGUGCUUCUGCUUUGGGGGCUGCUAGCUCUGGGAGCUGUGAAUGUUCAUCCCAGCCCCAUGGGAAGUUCCAUGAGGACAGUGGUGAAAGAGACCUUGACUCUGCUUUCUAUUCAUCAGACUCUACUGAUAGGCAAUGAGACCCUGAGGAUUUCUGUUCCUGCACAUAAAAAUCACCAACUAUGCAUUGAAGAAAUCUUCCAGGGAAUAAACACAUUGAAGAAUCAAACCACACAAGGGGAUGUUUUAGAAGAACUAUUCCAAAACUUGUCUUUAAUUAAAAAACACAUCGACCUCCAAAAACAAAAAUGUGGGGAAGAACAGCGGAGGGUAAAGCAGUUCUUAGAUUACCUGCAAGAGUUUCUUACUGUCAUAAAUACUGAAUGGACAAUGGAAGGCUGAGACUAAACUGGCUGAUUGUAUCCAAAGAUGUGGGGUUUUGCGGGGGAGUUUUUGGUACCGGGGAUCGAACUCAGGACCUUGUGUUUGCCAGCCAGGCACAGCGCUACUGAGCUAAAUCUCGGGCCCUCAAACUUAUUUUUGAACAGAUAUUAACAGGAAAAUUAAACUUAUUAAU